UCUUUUUCUCUCUCUCUCUCUCACACACACACACACAGAGGGGGAGAGGCUUUUAAAUAUGAGGAAUUGCCUGUGAGAGUUACUAUAGUAGGUUCUCUAGCUUCCUUCUGUUCCUCUAACCAUAUUCUUCUUGCUUUUUGAUUUGGCUAACAAGGCUGCCUUGUAAUUCUCAGUCUUGAAGAAAGAAAGGGUUGGUUUAGCUCUAAUGCAUAACUCUCUGAUCAUAGAAUCCCAAGCUUCAUUAGUCUUUCCUCUGUGUGUGUGUGUAUGUGUGUGUGUGUGUGUGUGUGUGUGUAGAUAGGUUUAUGUUAAAUAGUAGUUGAUGAGAAGUUGUGCAGGUACUAAAAGAUCCUAUAUAGAACUUAGAUUUUUAAAGUUGACUUGUAUUGCCAAGUAUGCUGCUAAACUGUGAUCCAACUGACAAUGAAGCUGGUACAAAGCUUUUGGAGGACUUGACCAGAAAUGCCAAGCAAGUACAAGAGAAGGUAUUGGAGGAGAUACUAAAACAAAAUGCAAAAACCGAAUAUCUCGGGACCUUUCUUGAUCAUGGCAGCAGCUUGGACAAGGAAACUUUCAAGAAAAAAGUCCCCAUUGUGAAUUAUGAAGAUGUCAAACCCUAUAUUGAGCGAAUCGCCCUUGGUGAGCCGUCAGAGAUAAUAUCGUCUCAACCCAUCACCGAGCUCCUCACAAGCUCUGGUACGUCAGGAGGGCUGCCGAAGAUGAUGCCUUCAACUGCUGAAGACUUGGACAGAAAAACAUUCUUUUAUAACCUCCUUGUACCUGUGAUGAACAAGUAUGUAGAUGGGCUGGACCAAGGAAAAGGAAUGUACCUUCUGUUCAUCAAGCCAGAAAUCCAUACACCAUCUGGUUUGAUGGCAAGGCCUGUCCUAACCAGCUACUACACAAGCAGUAACUUCAAAAACCGGCCUUUCAACCGCUUCAAUGUUUACACAAGCCCGGAUGAGACCAUCUUGUGUUCAGAUAGCAAGCAGAGCAUGUACUGCCAGUUACUUUGUGGUCUAGUACAGCGCCACGAGGUUUUGAGGGUUGGUGCAGUUUUUGCAUCUGCUUUCCUCCGGGCCAUCAAAUUCUUGGAGGAUUACUGGGAAGAGAUGUGUUCCAACAUAAGAAAUGGUCAUGUCAGUGAUUGGAUCACUGACCCCGGUUGCAGAAAUGCUGUGUCUUUAAUCCUCAGCAAACCGAAUUCUGGUUUAGCCGAUUUGAUUGAGCUCGAGUGUUGUGGGAAGUCAUGGGAAGGGAUAAUUAAGAGGCUUUGGCCUAGAACAAAGUAUAUUGAAGUUAUAGUUACAGGGUCCAUGGCACAGUAUAUCCCAACCCUUGAAUUUUACAGUGGUGGACUCCCUUUAGUUUCGACAAUGUAUGCUUCAUCUGAAUGCUACUUUGGGAUCAAUCUGGAACCACUAAGCAAGCCUUCUGACGUCUCCUAUACUCUCCUCCCAAAUAUGGCCUACUUCGAAUUCCUCCCUAUGGAAGAAAACCACGAUGGAGUGCCUCAUGAGGGCGGAUGCAAUUGCAUUUCGGAUUCAAUUUGCAUAGGAACUGAAGAGGAAGAGGUCGAAAGUGAAGCUGUUGAUCUUGUAGAUGUGAAGCUCGGGAACUUCUAUGAACUUGUCGUUACAACUUUUACUGGCCUAUAUAGAUACAGAGUUGGGGAUAUUCUCAUGGUGACAAGUUUUCACAACAACGCUCCUCAAUUCCGGUUUGUGCAGCGUAGAAAUGUGGUUUUGAGUAUCGACAUGGACAAAACCAACGAAGAAGACCUGUUAAAGGCCGUAGCACAAGCAAAGCUCGUCAUAGAACCGCUUGGCUUCCUUCUAACAGACUACACUAGCUAUGCUGACACGUCAUCAAUGCCGGGGCAUUAUGUACUGUUUUGGGAGCUCAGAGUGAGAGGAAACAGUGAUCGCCCAGAACUUGACCCCAUCAUAAUGGAGCAAUGCUGCUCCGCGGUGGAAGAGUCCCUGGACUCGGUGUAUAGGAGGUGCAGGAGGAAGGACAAAUCAAUAGGUCCUUUGGAGAUCAGGAUUGUGAAGCACGGCACGUUUGAUGUGCUCAUGGAUUUUUGCGUCGCUCAGGGGUCGUCUGUAAAUCAGUACAAGACAUCAAGGUGCAUUAAGUCUGAGGAAGCUUUUGAGAUAUUGGAGUCAAGGGUAGUGGGAAGGUUUUUCAGUAAAAAAGAUCCUUUAUGGGAGCCCUUCAAAAUUGGGAAAAAGUAAGAAAAAAAACAAAAACAAAAACAAAAAAAAAAAAAAAUUACUGUAUUUGACAGGAAAAACGGCUUCCUAUGUUCCUUGCUGGAGUCUGGCAUGUGUUGAUGUUUUCAGGGUUGAUUUCAG